AAUAGAAUUUGUUUCCUAAUAAAACUAAGAUCAAUAGCAGUUUUCCCUCAAUUCGAUAUAAAAUGACCUAAUUUUCUUUGUUUGUUUGUUAUUUUUCUUUUAUUUUGGUGCUUUUAAGAUAUCUUUUUCUCUCUCGUUGUUUUAUUUCUCUCUAGGGGCUGAGAGGGUUGUGGUCUUGGUGGAGAACCAUUCAGGAGCUGUGAAUUCUAUCAGAAGGAUAAAAUGGAAAAGGAACAUGUGCUAAAUCAUUUGGAACAUCCAAGUGAAGAAACCACAACCUCACAAAUGCCCCUUGACUUCCGGAAGGACCCAGAGACUACUACAAAUUCUGGUCAUUCCAUAGAGGCCACGCCAACACCGCCGAUACAAAUGAAUGAUGAUUCUGCUGAUUGUGAAGAAGUCAAAAUCAAGCGUUCACGCAAGCGAAGAAAUGGGAUACAUUAUGGUGUACUUGAUUUGAGCUCUGAUGAGGAAUUGGAUUGUGAGAAGCCUGUCAAGGAGCGCUCACCAAAACAUGGCAAACGUAAUGGUGGAAGUUCUAAAUGUUCUGGAUCUAAAUUUGAAAAGAUUUCUGCUAGAUGGUGUUUGGAAGAAGGAUGUAGACCUGACAUUGAUGAAGCACCUGCUUUCUAUCCUACUGAAGAGGAGUUCAAGGAUACUCUAGGUUACAUUGCUAGUAUACGUCAGAAAGCAGAAAAAUAUGGUAUAUGUCGGAUCAUCCCACCAUCAUCAUGGAAACCACCUUGCCCUUUAAGAGUGAAGAGCACAUGGGAGCAUGCUAAGUUUACCACUCGAGUUCAACAAGUUGACAAGCUUCAAAACAGAGAACCAAUGAGAAAAAGAUCUAGGAACCGCUGUCAAAGGAAAAAGAAAAGAAGAAAAAGGUUAAGGUUUGGAAUGACCCGGAGACGUAAUAUCUCUACCUCUUCCGAAAACAAUGACUGCGCUGCCUCUGACACAGAUGAAAAGUUUGGUUUUCAAUCCGGUUCAGACUUUACGCUGAAGACCUUUCAAGAGUAUGCAGAUGACUUCAAAGAGCAGUAUUUUGGAAUGAAAGAUAUCUGCGAAAAUUUUGUUGAUAGUGAAAAGGAUUCAAUGAAGGGGUGGCGACCUUCAGUGGAAGAAAUUGAAGGUGAAUAUUGGCGGAUGGUUGAGAAAGCAACUGAUGAAGUUGAGGUUCAUUAUGGUGCUGACUUGGAAACUGGAGUUUUUGGUAGUGGGUUUCCUAAAGCAUCUUCCUCAACUGAUCAGAACUCAGAUCCUUACCUGCUGUCAGGUUGGAACUUGAAUAAUUUCCCUCGACUUCCUGGAUCAGUUCUUGCAUUUGAAAGAGGGGAUAUCUCUGGGGUGUUAGUGCCUUGGCUAUAUAUUGGGAUGUGUUUUUCAUCAUUCUGUUGGCACGUGGAAGAUCAUCACCUCUAUUCUUUGAAUUACAUGCAUUUUGGUGAACCGAAAGUUUGGUAUGGGGUUCCUGGAAGUGAUGCACUGAAACUGGAGGAUGCCAUGAGGAGAAAUUUACCAGAACUGUUUGAGGAACAACCAGACCUGCUGCAUGAAUUGGUGACGCAGUUGUCCCCUUCAGUUCUUAAAUCUGAAGGUGUGCCUGUUUAUCGAGUCAUUCAGAAAUCUGGAGAGUUUGUUCUCACUUUUCCAAGAGCUUAUCAUUCCGGCUUUAACUGUGGAUUCAACUGUGCCGAGGCUGUGAAUGUUGCUCCAAUGGACUGGUUGCCCCAUGGGCAGUGUGCUGUUGAACUUUACAGUGAACAAGCACGUAAAACGUCCCUGUCACAUGACAAAUUGCUACUUGGUGCAGCACGAGAAGCAAUCAAGGCCCUCUGGGAUGUUUUAGUGCUAGGGAAGCAGGACUCUGAGAAAUUCAGAUGGGAAAGUGUUUGCCAGCAGGAUGGAGUACUUACUAAGGCCAUUAAGGCAAGAGUGCAGAUGGAGAAUAAAAGAAGAGAGUCUAUCGGUAGUCAACCACAAGUGAGAAGAAUGGACAAGGAUUUUGAUUUGUCAAAUGAGAGAGAAUGUUUUUCAUGCUUCUAUGACCUGCACCUUUCUGCUGUUUGUUGUGAAUGUUCUCCAAACCAUUUUGCCUGCUUAUCCCAUGCAAAUUUCCUCUGCUCCUGCGAACCCGCCAGAAGAUUUUUCCUUUUUCGCUAUCACAUUGAUGAACUGAAUGUCCUUGUGGAAGCUCUUGAAGGUAAUUUGAGUGCAGUAAAACAAUGGGCUGAAGGGGAUCUUGGGUUGGCUUUACCCUCUGGUUCAUCACUACGAGAGAUAUCUGAAAAUGCAAAACCAGAAUAUGCAUCUGGCCCAACAGAUUCCUUAGAAAAAACCAUUUCUAAAUUGCCAAAACCAAUCAUUGAUCUUAACAGGCCUGAUAUGGAUGAUGACAGUCAGGCACGUAAAGUUGAUCAUCAUGAGAAAAGAAAGAGUCACAGAGUACAGAGCCCAGCUACUUUGAUGGAGACAAUGAUAAAUGAUGGUAAUGAACCAUCUGAAGUUGAUUACGUCAAAACAUCAGAGGAUGUUAAAGCAAAACGGCCUUUAAAAGAUGAGAUUGAGUUUCUGGACUUGGAAAGAUCACCAGUGGCUUCAACCAGUGCUUCGUCAAAGAAAGGCCAAUACAAUAACUUUUCUAAUCUAUACACAGACAAAAUACCAACUGGAAACAGAGAUAGAUGGCUUGCGAGCAGUGGAAAUGCUGUACUUAUGGCACCUGAUGUUAAAGAAGAGCCAGGUUGUUCAUCGCAAUCUGCUGUUUUGGGUUCUAAUGGAGUUGGAAUAGAUAAACUCAAUUUAGAAAAUGAGCCCCUAAUGCCCACAGGCCGUCCAUGGAGAUCAAAUCCAGAGAAUCGAUUUUCUGUUCCCCUGAAUUGUUCCAAAGAGUGGUCUCCUGCUUUUCUUACUUCAUCAUGUUCUUCAGGCACCAAAUAUCCUAAAAGGUCCGGCGCAAAACUUUUUGGUCAGGACCUUCACCAUCUGCCACACUUACCAAAAGCUUUGGGCAGCCACCACAAUCAAUCCAGUUCAGAUGCUGGUAAUGGUGUUCCCAUAGAGGUCUCUGGGACAUCACAUUGCCUUGUUGAACUGAUUAACUUUGGAACAAUAAUACCAGGAAGGAAGUGGUGCAGUAAGCAAGCCAUCUUCCCAAAAGGAUUUGUUAGUCGUGUCAGGUUCUUCAAUGUGCUUGAUCCAACUAAAACAUGCUAUUACAUUUCUGAAGUAGUGGAUUCCGGAAUCUUGGGUCCUCUUUUCAAGGUGACAAUGGAGGAGGAACCAUCAGUUAGCUUCAUGCACACUUGUCCAACACAGUGUUGGAAACUGGUGUGUGAAAAACUAAACAAAAAGAUCAGUCAAGAGCCUGGCAUGGUUCCUCCGGUCAAGUUUCCCGACAGCAUAGAUGGGUUUGAAAUGUUUGGUUUUUUUACUCCAUCUAUAGUAAAGGUUAUCGAGAGUUUCGAUCCACUUCACAUGUGCUCAGAAUACUGGGCAGCCAAGUCAUGCUCACAGUUGGAACUAGAAAAAACUCCGGAGGCUGGUGUAAUUUUGUGUGUGGGAAUGGAGGCAAAAGAGCAACAUUCAUGUAUGAGUUCCAGCCCGGCAAACAAGAAAAUGUUAUUCGGCGUCAAUUUGGCCAGUCAGGAGAACAAUAAGCCAAAAAUAAACAACAAGUCAUCGGCAGAAGAAGUCCAAACAGUGCUCGGACGAUUAUUCAAGAAGGCAAACCAUGAAGAACUGAAAAUGAUGCAUCAAAUACUCAACAGUGGAUCAGGAAGCGAUGCUUGGAAUGCAGCAUUGUAUGCGUUGACGCACGAAAUCCAGAAGAAUGUACAUACACAAUAAGAUCAAGCAAGCAAGCAAGAAACCGAAAUAAUUCGAUUCUUCGGAGGACGAGCUUCUGUCAAGAAGUAAAGCGUGAAGCCGCCAUUUUUUUUUUCUAUAGAUAUUAGCACUGAAUUCUUAUUUUUCGGUUCUUUUCAUCCAUUGUUUCCCUCACAGUUACCAUUGUCUUCAUUCUUUGUUAGUCCCAUAAAAUGAACAUGGUGGAUUCAAGCUACAUUUUCAAUUCAGCAUGUUCUUUACUUAAUUUAGGUUA